AUGGUGACGGUGAAUGGUGUUGGUGAAGUGAUAGUUGUGCAAUGGUGUCAUUGUGGUGGCGGCAUUGUGAUAAUGGUGGUGGUGGUGGUGGAGCUAAAAUGUGGUUGUGCGGACCUUUCCAAUGGCGCCCAAAAUCAAAUUAAAAUUGGAAUUGAGAAGGUGAAGUAUGCAGAGUGUAGGCAUAACUAUGCAGCGCCCUUAGGUGGUUUCGCCAUAUACGGUUGUGGGGAAUUCAUGCCCAAAACUGACAGUGAACAAGAGAAGGUGAAGUAUGCAGAGUGCAGGCGUAACUAUGCAGCGUCCAUAGGUGGUUUCGUCCUAGACGGUUGUGGGGAAUUCAUGCCCAAAAAUGGCAGUGAACAAGGUGCAAUAUUAUUUUGCGAUGCUUGUGGUUGUCAUAGGAAUUUUCAUCGUUACGUGUCGACUGAAGACGAUGUAGCCGGUCCUUCUCACUCAAACUCUCCUCCUCCUCCUCCUCCUCCUCCUCCUCCACCACCAGUACUGCCAGUGCACCCAUCGAGACCAAAGGGUGUCUUAAAGAUUUAUUCAUUUGCCAAACGACCAAGGAACUACUAA